CUUUGUGUGACUCGACAAACCAGUCUCAACGAGGGAACACCACAAGUUCAAUACUGCUGGACACACCCAUCAGGAGUUCCCUUCCCUAGAGAUCCAGGCACCGGCUUGGACAAAAUGAUAUCAGUGUUGGGACUGGAACAGUGAAAUACAAACGCGGAGCUGGAUAUUAAAUAUUAAACGAGUAUAACGGUACUAAGGACAAGUUACCAGUCAAAGAGCGGCGAGUUGUUGUUGUGCACCCGCUCUGCUGAGGCGUGUGAGAGGAGUUGUACAGCGCGUGGAAUAGCGUUGUAUUUUAAAAAGACAGUUGCUGUGUGUCACCGGGCUGUUACAGAGAGGACAGCCGUUGGAGGAUUUCUAACGUUUUAUACGUGUUCUGUGAAACAGAUAACUAGCCCACUUUGUGUUUCAAUAGUACCGGCAUAAAUGAAAUACUUUCAAGAGAAGCACUUGCGGUCAUUGACGACCUGCUUAUAUUUUGUGUGUGUUUUUGUGACAAGGGGGAAGGGGGAGUGCCCUAGACCACAGGGACAGAACAACAUGGUUUUAACAAAUGAAGCUCUCUUAAUGAAUGAUUUCCCAGAGGGCUCCACAGCCACGUUUGAGUGCUCCAAUGGCUAUGUCAUUGAGCAGGGGUCUGGAGUUGUGCACUGCACCUCAGGAGCAUGGAGCGAGCCUCAAAUGACCUGCCAAAAAAAGGACUGCGGCACCCCUAGAAGAAUUCCGCACAUGAAUUAUGAUGAAAGUGAAGGCACUCUGUUUGGUGCAAAAGUGAGGAUGUACUGUGAUGAAGGGUUUCUACUGGAGGGCACCAGCUACAGACAUUGCUAUGCAACAGGCUGGAGUGGCAGAGCCAAGUGUGAAGAGGUAACCUGUGACCACCCCACAGAGAUAAAGAAUGGCCAGAUAGUGUCAUCACACACAGGUGAAGUAAAGUAUCUGGCGGUCGUUGAAUACUCCUGUGAUGAAGGUUACACCCUCGUUGGAAACAACUCCAUAUUUUGCAAUGGCGAUGGUGAAUUCAGCAGAUUGCCUCCAGAAUGUAAAGUUAAAACAUGUCCUACCCCUGACAUACCAUUUAGCAUUUCAACCCAAGAUGCACCAGUAUUCUUAUAUAAAGACACCAUGUCAGUUACAUGUGAGGAUGGGUUCAGCUUGCAAGGCCCAGCACGUCUGCAGUGUGAGCACCACGGAUGGUCCUCACCGCCUCCACAGUGCAUCAGAGAGCCCAGCAGCGUUGGUACCACAGAGGCAGGGACCAGGACAAACAGCAAUUCUCCUUCAGAAAAGUAUUCGAAGGCCCCGACCAGACCUGCACCAACCUGGAUACAAGAGCCCACCAGCAUUGGUACCACAGACGCAGGGAGCAGCACAAACAGCAAGUCUCCUUCAGAAAAGUCUUCCAAGGCCCCGACCAGACCUGCACCAACCUGGAUACGAGGGAAACAUGAGAAUAUAGAGAAGGACGAACAAGAGGACAUGCCUGCAAGAAACAGUGGAUAUACAGUGGUGAUUAUGAGUGUGAUCUCCACUGUCAUAAUCGUAGUAAUACUACUGUACGUAUUACAUCGGUUUAUAAAGAGGAAAGGGUGAAUAUAAUUUUUUUGUCUUUGACUCAAAUGCCUUGAACUAAUGCAUGACUGGUCUUUGACUCAAAUGCCUUGAACUAAUGCAUGACUGGUCUUUGACUCAAAUGCCUUGAACUAAUGCAUGACUGGUCUUUGACUCAAAUGCCUUGAACUAAUGCAUGACUGUCACUUUAAAACGGCUGUACACUUCAGUGGCUCUCUUUAUUUUCCUGCUUAUUUAUCAAAUCUGCAGUUUCCCUAAACGCCACAAACGGCACACGCCAUCACACUCCAUCCCACGCCAUCACAUUUUAAAAGCAUAGUCACUCUUUAGAUUUAAAAAAGCAUGCUGCUUUUUAAAAUGUUAAACUGCACAGACUAACAUGGAGUUGUCUACUAAUGGCUUGGCAACAACUGCUAUCAAAUCUUCACUCGGGGUGCCCAGUAGAUAUUUCACCACCUUUGGGAGAGACGUGUGGGGCACACAUGUUGAGUGUCAGGAUAUCCUAACAGAGAUAUGGCUGGGAGGAAACCUGUUAUCCAGCCUCUGCCUGGCCUCUGACAGGGUGGAUGUUCAUGGUGUCCGCUGGACUUCCUGCCCCUGCAAACCUCAGGAGGAAGUGGGCGAUAACUCAGAGGGAUGACAGCGUUGUAGAGCCUCUGUAUUCCAACACCAACCAGGGCUGUAGCUGGUGUCCUUCUCUCUGGGACAGGGCUGUAGCUGGUGUCCUUCUCUCUGGGACAGGGCUGUAGCUGGUGUCCUUCU